AUGUUGUGCACCAAACGAGCAUAAAUGCAUUUUUCGUUUUUCUUCAAGUGCUUCAUUACAACGUGUAAAAGUAGUCCCUGGACUUUCAAAUAGUCACAGAAUUGCAACAUGGAUGUGGAAGAGUCAAGACCCCAAGGCCCCAAAAAGCAAAAUAACGUUCUUCCCUUGUGGGGAAACGAAAAGACCAUGAAUCUAAACAGCAUGAUUCUCACAAACGUGCUGUCGUCGCCGUACUUCAAGAACGAACUUUUCCAACUUAAAACCUACCAUGAAGUCGUUGAUGAAAUUUACUACAAGGUGGACCACCUUGAACCAUGGGAAAAAGGAAGCAGGAAAACUGCAGGACAAGUUGGAAUGUGUGGAGGAGUGCGUGGAGUUGGUGCUGGUGGAAUUGUAUCAACAGCAUUUUGUCUCUUAUAUAAGCUGUUCACAUUAAAACUUACCAGAAAACAACUCAAUGGUUUGAUAACACAUGUAGACUCACCCUAUAUUAGAGCACUGGGCUUCAUGUUCAUUAGAUACUGUCAACCUCCUAACAAACUCUGGGAAUGGAUGGAACCAUAUUUAGAAGACGAAGAGGAGGUAGAUCCUAAGGCCGGUGGUGGAUGUACCAUGACUAUUGGCCAGAUGGUCAGAAGUUUCCUGUUAAAGCUAGAAUGGUAUGGAACGUUGUUCCCCCGAAUUCCUGUCCCCGUACAAAAAGACCUUGAGACGAAACUGCGUUCAAAAGGACUGUGUGACGAUCACAAGCGUACCGCGCAAGAGGGCUGGGGAGAGGCGGAGGAUUUUGUCAAACGCACACGUGACGAAAGCCCCUCAAGCAGACGCCAUGGUGAGGCGGCCGACGGCGAUCGUCAUCCAAAACCACGUCGUAGCCGAAGCCGAAGUCGCGAUCGUGAUCGUGAUCGUGAUCGUGAUCGUGGGCGGGAAAAGCGACGAAGUCGAAGUCCUGACCGGGACAGUUCACGACGACGAAGCAAAGAACGUCGGAGUCACGAACGAAGACGUGACGACAGCAGGGACAGAGACAAAAGGAGAAAACGAAGCCGAAGUCGAAGCCCGAACAGGCGUAGCAGAGACGAUGACAGAAAAAGACGCAGCCGAAGUCGCGAUAGAAACCGAGAGAGGAGACGAAGUUCUGAUCGAGAUGAAUCUCGAGGAAGAAGUAACCGAGACAAGAAAGAAAACCGAGAGAAAGACAGAUCACGCAGUAGAUGAAAGAAACUAUUAAGACAGUGUCAGUGCGUCGUCCUUCGAGUGUACUACAGUGCCAUAUGUACAGAGCUUGACUUUGUCAGGGACGUACUUUUAUAUAUGUGUAUUGACUUUAUUGAAAAUUGUUAAGUGUAUGUUAGACACGUUAGUAUGUAAGUUUUUCAGCCAUUUAUUGUUACUUUUUACUUUGUUUUUCGUCCUCGAACAAACUGUUGGGAAAAUUGUGAGUUUUACAACUGUUCCGUCAUCGCUUAUGCUAAGGAAGAAGAUAGAGGAUGGAAGAUAGACAUGAUGCCCAGCAAAAUGGCUGUGUAGCAGGGAGCUCUUUACUUUCUAGUAGCUCCAGAGUUCACAGUGAAAGCGGCCCUCCAGUCAUUCGUUGAAACAAUUGAUCCAUUUUUUACUAGUUUCUAACGAUCUUAAAAUUAAUGUUAGCCUUAAGUUUUAUUGUAUUAAACGAACGAGCAAUAGCAAGUCACUUAAAGAGUGAUGACGAUGGAUAUCGUUUUUCCAGAAAACUGCUUUAAUUUACAGUUUAACCGGUAUAUGACCACUGUCUUGUAUUAUUUUCGUGGGUGUGGUCUUUCAUCUUAGUAUUUAUAUGCGAAUGUUGCGUUGAAACAUUUCCUUCAUUUUGACGAACAGACCCUUCUAAUCCUUGAAGUUCUGAUACCACACAUACACAUUUCUUGUAGUACUAAUCUAGCUAGAUGGGAGAGAAUUGUGAGCAGUUGAUGCAUUUUCGUUUCCUCUUUCAAGAUCUGUAUUUUUUGAUGUUGUGUUGAAUUAUGAGAUGUUGAUCACUAUUGAGGAGAACUUGUUACGAUUUCUUGGUAGUUCAGAAACGUAAAGAAAUGACGAUCAACUGUGACCUUUUUAAGACAGACUGCUGUCAUGUAGCUGAAGUAAAUUAGGAAAUUAUACUUCACAAACAUUUCGAAUAGUUUUAAGAGACAAACUUCUAAAAAGAUUUACUUUGGCAGCUGGGAGAUCGCAGUGAGAGAGUUGCAAUUUUGUAUGCAUUCGUGUAACAAAAUAGGACUAAAACUUUAUGGCCGCGUAAACAUCCAAAUUUGUCGCCAGGUUCUUCUCGACUUGAAUGGUAGCCGGUGCUAAAAGGGCUCCGAGAACGAGAGUAGUAAACAGCGCCUUGG